UCUUUCCGUGAUGAAGAAUCCAAGUCGGUGUUCCAGUAAUGUCCAGGUUACCUGACCGAUCUCUGCUGACCCGGUGCGAGAUAUUCGUCUACUUUGGGGUCUAUAUCGCUUAUAUAGUUGUAGGACUGUACAAGAUCUAUGGACUCCGGGACCAUAUAGCCAAGGAGGCAAAGUUUCAAUUUCCGGACGGUUGGAGCGUCUUUCCAUUCUCCCAGCGGCGGCGGGAUGACAGUAACGAUGAGCUGGAAAACUUUGGAGACUUCAUCUCCAGAUUUUGGCCCUUCUACUUGCUGCAUGCUGCUAUCCAAGGAAUCAUCCGCUGGAAAACUCCCCGCCUUCAGUGCCAUGCAUUUGCAGCCGUUUGUGCCUUUGCCCUGGGUAUAAACCUGGACUGGACAUCGAUAGUAAUAUUAGGUUGGUUAAUAGCCAGCUAUUAUCUUGUUUCUUUGGCCACAUCUAAAUUGUUGGUAUGGUUCUUGUCCGCCGGCUGGAUUCUAUGCAUCAAUGUGAUACAAAAGAAUGUUUGGUGGACAAAUCGCGUAGGCUACACGGAAUACGUCCUGGUGAUAGUCACAAUGUCCUGGAGUGUACUACGCGGCUGCAGUUAUUCCCUGUCCAAGAUGAAAGCUAAAAAGGAGGAUCUAGGUAGAUACAACCUCGUUCAGUAUCUGGGCUAUGCCAUGUACUUUCCCUGCCUGACCUAUGGACCCAUUAUCAGUUAUCAGAGAUUCGUAGCCAGGAGUGUAGAUGAACAGGAAGACUGGCUGGCAUUCGCUAAAGGCGUUAUCCGUAGUGCUAUUUGGUGGCUGGUGAUGCAGUGCGCCCUCCAUUACUUCUACAUACACUACAUGUCGCGCGAUGUGCGAAUGGUGGAGAUGAUGGACUCUGUGUUUUGGCAGCAUUCUGCGGGGUACUUCAUGGGGCAGUUCUUCUUCCUGUACUACGUGGUCACCUAUGGUUUGGGCAUUGCCUUUGCACUGCAGGAUGGAAUCCCGGCGCCCAGCAGACCCCGCUGUAUCGGACGUAUCCACUUUUACUCGGACAUGUGGAAGUACUUUGAUGAGGGCCUGUACGAGUUUCUCUUUCAGAACAUUUAUGCCGAGAUGUGCGGCAAGAGAUCCUCGUCUGCAGCCAAGUUUGGAGCUACUGCUUUGACCUUCGCCUUCGUCUUCGUCUGGCAUGGAUGCUACACCUACGUGCUCAUCUGGAGCAUUCUAAACUUCCUCUGCCUGGCUGCGGAGAAGCUGUUUAAAACCUUGACCUUGAUUCCACAGUACCAGCAGUGGACACAGCAUUAUCUUGGAGCCGUGGGUGCUCAGCGGCUGUACGCCAUGUUGGCCACCCAGCUUUUCAUCCCGGCCGCCUUUUCCAAUGUUUACUUUAUAGGUGGGCAGGAGAUCGGUGACUUUUUGAUGCGCGGUGCCUACCUCAGUGGAGUAGGUAACUACAUGGCUCUUUGCUUCUGCAGCUACUGUUUCUUCCAAUGCUCUGAGUUGCUCCUGACCAAGUCGGACACUCGUUCCAAGAUCAAAACUUAUUGACCUCGCUAAAUGUCUGCUUAGAUUUACGUGGAAAGUGACUUAUUAGGCGCAAAAGUGGCUUUAUAAUUGUUUAGUGAUAUUUACAAAGCAAAUAUGUACUUAAGUUUCAAUUCCAUAAAUACAUUUCAUUUAAAAUAUAAUUGGGUUUUCCGAUGUAA